AUGGCUUCCAAGAAAGUAUCUACCUGUGGUGAACAUUUCAGGCCAGAAAAAUUAAAAGAAUGGCCAGAGCUCGAGUCAGUUGCUUUAAUGGAGGUGUUAGCUAGAGAAGACAUUGAUGAAGCUGUACAUGCAAUAUUAUUUAGAGAAAAUUACAUUGCCAAGGUUAUGUUGCCUUUGUUUUGUGAUUCCCUGUUUAGAAGAUGGCAAGAGAUGGAUGAAGAGAAGAGAGCUACCAUUUUUGAAAGGCAAUUUCAUUCCUCAAAGCUCAGCCAGGAGAAUGGAAUGGAAGAGAGGAAUUGUGUGGUGAGCAGAGAUCUGGGGGAGCAGGGCUGGGAUGGCACAAGUUGCAACAUGCACAAGAUGACAGGCAUUGAUUUUGGAAUUUGA